CAGAAAGAACAGAAACCGAUUAGUUUCAUAUCCCAAGAAAAAACACACUUUUGUUUCCUCUCUCAUUGCUGUUGACUGAUCAUGUAAUCUACAGUAACAUGGAACCUUUGCUGUGUUUUUUAAAUGUUCUCUUAGCUAUUUAAGACAGGGUGAGUUUAAGUUUAACUCCAUGAUCCAUGGCUAUUACACUACUAGCAGCAUCAGCGACACCAGCAUCAAUGGCACUUCCCUAGGUUGGGAUCUUCAAAACCGCGGAGUUCUCAACGCAGACAUGUCUUUAGAUUUCUCUUCUGGGUAUCUUGAAGAUGCUUUGCUUGAAUUCACUGAACGAUCCAAACGAAGAAGACUGUUGUUGUACAACGAUGAUCAUGAUGAAAUCAGUGGUUUCAAUGAUCUUGCAAUGCAAGGAAACUGGAAUUAUAGCUGCAACUGGGGCCUCUCUGAAGAUUUCACCUGCAUAAAUGGUGUUUCAGAGAUGAAAACACCAGUAGAGACAAUAUCAGACAACCCAGAAGAAGCUUUUGAUUCGUCGUCUUCUUCAUGCAAACUCUCAGCAGCGAAAACCAAGUCGUUUUCUUCCGGAAAGGAAGAUAAGACAAAGAAGAAGAGGGUGAUAACGAGGGUUGUUUAUCCAUUCGCAUUGGUUAAGCCCGGCGGCAUAGAAGGCGAUACGACGCUGAAUGACAUUAAUGAAAGGAUUCUAAUGCCGCCGACGAGGCCGGUAAGGCAUCCGGUCGGUGACUUCGCUUGUCGGCCAUGCGUAUCUGCUGAUGGUCCCGGCCUCUCCGGAAAAGCUGUUGUGGCCCUCACCAAAAUACACACUCAAGGGAGAGGCACCAUCACUAUUAUUCGAACCAAAGGUUAAGGAAAAUUGUAUAGGAGAGGAAACAAUAGAGGGGUGUACGAAUGAUGAAUCAUGCAUGAAUAUAAAAUUAUCAUAAUAUCAUCCA